AGAAGUAUAUACUAAGUUAAGCCGGAAACGUAUUGUUUAAACUCAUCAAUAACCAAUGAAAAGUGUAGAGCAGUAAAAUGUCGAAAACCAAGAAAGAUACAACAGCGCUUGAGUUGGACGAUAUUUUAAGCGAGCCUAUUACAAACUCACAGAAGCUUGCCGCAUUCUUGCAGCGCAAGGCAGCGGAAGCUCAAAAGCCCAAGAAUGACCUCGUCUUUGGGAACUUCUCCUUUGACCUGGAUUUUGAUGUACCGGUCAUACGGAAGCCACAAUCAGAAGGUACUCAGGGGAACAAAUUGAUGCCUUUACAAGAAUUAGGUAAUGCCAAUGCGAACAUUCUAGCAGCGAACGAGACCCCCGCUUCGGACGUGGCACAUCCACCUCCAAACGUGGCAUCUUAUGAGAAUCUGCCGCCCCAGUCAGGCAGAAAUUCACCCUCGCCCGCCCGUCGGCAUCCUGCCAGACGUAGUGGCACAGGCGGCCAUGUUCCUGGCUCUGAUAAGCUACGACGCCAUGCUAUUCGCAGGCGGUCGCAGAGUUGCGGCCGUCGUCAACUCUUGCAAGACUUUGAUGACGCAGCUAAUCUAACUCGGAGCUCCUCCAGUCCAUUUCCUUUUGUGCCAGAAAUAAGCAGCACUCCAAACUGCAAUGACAAAAUUCUUGAGAAUCAACCACAGUCUCGGCCACUAUCACAGCCACAGCCACAGCCACAGCCGGCUUCAGAUCCACAGCCCAUAAAUAGACUAGCUUCGAAUGCAGCCUUUGCUGCUGAAAUCGCUGAAAUCUGUGAACAAAGGUUUGCCCUGUUUGAAAAUAGUAUGGUGCAGAUGGACCACAAGGGGGAUGCACCAUCCCCGCGCCCGGUAUCACGUCCAUUGACUCCCUCUGAAAGGCAUCGGACUUAUACGGUUGAAAAGAGACCUAUACCUGCGCAAUUGUUGCCAUCGCCAUCGUCGCCAAAUAUUUCACUAUCAAAGAAACCAGUGGUGCGUGUGAGACGUUUAGAUACUCUUCUGUCACCAGGUACUACCAACAGUCUGCACCAAUGUGAACGGGUAUCGGCACCGGUGGAGGAGUGCUAUGUACCGGAAACACAGCCCCAGCAGUCCCAACAGCUAGCCGAAAUUGUGCACAAUCUAUCGAGGAAUAGCAGCGUGGUAGUUAUACCAUUAGGUGGAGCCUUUAGUCCCAAGCCAGAUGCAGUUAGGCCUUUGGCACAAACACAUUCACCGGUUGUAUCACAAGCCGGAGCUGCAGCAGCUCGAACAGUAACUGUUGGUACUCCCGAAUCAAGUUCUCCAACAGCAUCUGCUGGUACCCACAAGUCGUUAAAGUCGAAGACAGUUUCCUCUCACAGAACACCUCAAAUUGUUGAGGACUUGGACGCAAUCUUGACCGAUGAUGAAAGCGACGAACAGCCAAGCGGGUGUGCUUUGAACCUGGCGCCGACCGGUGGUAAUACUACCAGGCAGAACCGCAUUCGCAAGCGCAACAAUCGGCAGCCAUCUGAUGACCAGGAAAGUUCCAUAAAACUUCUCAACCUACACCGCUCGAAUAAAUCAAGCAAGUCAAAGUCCAAAGGUGCAACUGCUCCCAGGCUGAACAAGGCGCCUAGUGCCCCAAUCAAUGGUGAACAGUUUGCCAAGGAGCUGCAACGGAUGAGCAACUAUGAGAUUCUUGAUCUGCGCAAGAGAAACUCUCUCGGCAGGGUGUAUCCGCUGAAUGGGCAUAGAAAGCAUAGUGCAGAGCAGCAAGAGGUUCUGGAGCAGAAUAUUCAGUGGGAGCUAAUCCGCAGGAACCUGACAACAGAAACAGAAACCGAGCCAUUGCCCAGCUCUGUAUCUGUACAGCACGAAGAACUUGAUUAUAGGGAGGAGGCAACGGAUAUGCCACCGCCAGCUCCCCUCGGCUUUAAAGACAAUUCCCAAAGGGAGAGCCGCGGGCAGUCCAAAGAUCGGCGGGAGCGACCCUCACGAUCCAGACGUCGUGAGGCUCCAAUGACAGCAGAGCUUAUUAACUAUAUGGCGCUCGCAAAGACUAUGGAAAUCCGUAGAAAAUCAUCCAGGAACUACUGCAAACGUAGCCUUUACACUAAGGGUAACUCGGAAGUGGAAGAUCUCGACUCGGUGUCACCGGAGAAGCAGUUAAGGUUAGGUGAGACCUGCCAAGAGCCUACUCCAGGGGGUGCCAGGAGCAUGCAAAGCCAUGACGUUGGUGAGGAGGAAAUUCCAAUUGUUCCACCACCCCCUCGUUCACUCAGAUAUUCGCAAUGUUUGCGGGAUCUACGCCACAGCAGCAAGUCCGAUUUUGAUGAGGUCUUGGCAACCGCGCAGGAUGUGGAUGAUGGAGACAAAUCCCGCUCCCAGUCGAAUGGGCAGAAGAAUAUUUUGGAUGAAAUUGCUCCCCCUCCGCCAGAGUAUAAUGACAAAACUGAAGAGCAUGGGGUAGAUGUGCAAGGGAAGAGCUCUUUUACGAUGUCUUCUGAUGCACAGCCUCGGCUAUCCAAAUCUAGUGUCCGACAUAGAAGAAAAGAGCAAAUUUCUCCCCUUCCUUCAGAGGAAAGGGCGGAAUUUGAUGACCAGUCAGAUCGGAUAACCAAUGGGAACGGACGAAGGAGCAAGCGGUCCCCAGAGAAAAAUGAGGCAGAGGAAAUACACGAGACGGUUGUAUCCCGCAUGUCUAAGAACAGAAGCCGACGCUUAUCAAGGAUGGCUAAUCAGAAGGAAGAUAUUGUUGAGCCGGCAGGUAACACUAUGGAUGAUGAUGCGACUACAGAUCAGCGAUCCGCGUACAAGGAAGUCCUGCCCAUCAAUACUGUAGUUUCUUCAAUGUCAGAGUUCACUGCCGUGACGGAUGAUCAGCCCAGUACAAGUCGGGCCGCACUCGAGGCUCUGACACGUAGAACCAAUGAGCCUGAGCCUGAGCCUGAGUCUGAGUUUGAGGCCAGAGCCGUCGUAGAGAAGGAAGCGGUGGUAUUUAAGAAACCCUUGGCGCGGGCACCGCGUGCUAAAUCAAAGUCAAAAAGAGAGCUAAACAAUUUAAGGGACUCCGUGAUAUAUAAUGAAGUGGAAGUGGAUUUCAAUGAAUCUUCCCUUCGGCGGUCCCGGCGUGGUCAGGUACCAUUUAAGAACACUUGGUGUCAUACCGUCUCAGAUCCCAGGCAGUUUGCCUUCGUCCGUAAUUCCAUGGAUGUAAAUGAACAGAAAACAUUCAAACCGUCCUUGAAGAAGAAGUCCAGUGUGUCGAGAGUAACCAAAACGUCUUUGCUAAAUAGGCCACCAUUGUGCAGCAGUACACCCCGGCUUCCACAAGAGCCCCUCCAAGCAGUUAUAGAAGAUUUUGAACCCCAAGAACCUUCUGAAUCUAGUUCUCUGGGAGUCGCGCCUCUAAGGUGGGAAGAUAAUGAUACAAAUGCCGUACAAACAACUAAGAAACGUGAAUACAAAAAAAAUAAGAAAAGCCAAGCGGUCGAGGUGGCAACGGAGCCAGAGUCAGAAGCGGCUGCCUCAAUGCCUCCACCAGCUCCUGUCCCUAAAAAAAAAGGGCGAAAAAAUAAGAAACAGGCGCCGCAGUUGGAAUGCGAUCUCGAUCCAGUAGCACCAAUUCCUCCGACACCAAGUCCAAGCGUUUCGGAUAACCACCAGGCUGCUUCCAUGCAACUCAUGAACUGGUUACGAGGCUACAGUAGCAAUCAGCCAACAUUCAGUAUGGAAGACAGCAGCGGGAACCGAAUAGGAAAGAGUGUCUCUACUGUCGGUGAAUUAGUGUUCACCAACUUGGACGACAUUGAGUACGCUUUCUACGACACCAAGGACAAGGCGACUGUGGGGUAUAUGCGCUUCCAGCCGUCACAGAAGCGAGAGAAGAAACGGGCUAAGGGCUUUUCCCUGAAAUUUGUUGUUCUUUUUGGACAAUUUGGCAUGGACUGCAGUGUCCCGGAAGUGGAGGAAGAUGAUCACUGCAUAUUAAACAUCGGUGACAUGGUUGAGAUCGAGAAAGGCACCCGUUAUAGUAUUCAAAACUUAUUGGACGAAGUGAGUGUGCUGAUGGUUAUCCGCAAUUAGACCUUUGUACUGCUGAUGUUACUUUUCACAGAAAAAUUAACAUACUUUGUAAUGUACAUGUAAUGUUUAUAUUGCCUCUGUCUUGUUAUUAAAAAAUAUAAAAAAUUGAAUUGGAUGGAAAAUAAA